AUGAUCAUCACAAAGGGUGAAUCAUCUGGUGAAGAAGAAAUGAAAAGAAAUGCUGGAGUUUUGACUUUUCAAACGGCUUAUUGGUCUUACCUUAUUGUGUUGCUCAUUCGUCAUUUACGUGAUGUUUUGGAAGAAAGAUAUUCACCUAACUCAUAUGCACAUCUUAUUCCAAAAAAUGGUUCAGAUUCCAGUUCAUUCUUUACGAGAAAACUUGAGAUUACACUCUUAGAUUGUACAGCCGGAGAUAAUGGAAUUGGUUUUGAAUAUACUCAUACUACUACCCAAUCCUUAAACAUUUCAUCUUAUAAUUAUUUAAGAUUUGCUCAAUCAAGUAGAAUAUGUACCGAUCCAGUUGAAGAAACUUCAAUUCAAUUGAUAUCAGUUCAGCAAGAUCAAGAGAUGAUGGUACAGAAUAUGCCUUAUCAAUCAGUCAGUUUUGCCACCAAUUUCACUACAUCUCCUUCUUUAGUUGUUACGGGUUCAUUGGUCAUUUCAGAUGAAUUGAAUCACUCUUCAAUUGGAUUCGGUCCAAGAUUAAGUGAUGCAAUGGUAAGAACUUAUAAACAGAAUGAUAUGAAAGAUUUAGAAAGUUCAUUAAGAGACACAAUUGCAGAAGGUCAACCUAGAAAAAUGAGAGCUUGGAAAAAGAUUUUGGUGGUGGUGGAAGGAUGUUAUAAUAUGGAAGGUUUGAUUCUUGAGUCACCUAAUCUGUUGAGAUUGAAAGAAAAAUAUUAUAUCAGGUAUUCUCAUUUAUAUCUUGAUGAAGCUCUCAGACCACAAGGACAAGGUGUAUGUGAUUACUUUGGAAUUGAACCCAGUCGAAUUGAUAUCUUGAUAGGAACCCCAACCAAAUCACUUCGAAAUUGUGUUCAGAAAUCAGCUAUCACCUCUGAGAAAGAAUCAGUAGCACAUGCCUUGAAGCAAUGA